UAAAUAUAAAUCAACAGUGAGGUUGUGUGAGGUUAUAAGCGAAUUUAAAAAUCAAUCUAACAUUUCAUUUUUAGGUUUAUUUGAAGCACUUACCAGCAAAAAAAAAAUAAACAAUUAAAAAUGAGUAGUUCAAAAUAUCGUGAUCAUAAUAAAUCUCGGGAUUCAAAAAAACGUUACUCUAGUGAUCAGCUGUCUAGCCAUUCAGAAAGUAAACGUCACAAAAAUGAUUAUGACAGCAAUAAAUCUGAAAAAUUAAAAAAUGAGGAAGACUAUAUAAAAUUACAGUCAAGUAAUGAAGAUAAUGAUAGUUUUUCAUUUUGUAAUUAUAAAUAUGAAUUAAAUAAAGUAUUUACUGCUCAUAAUAAGUUGGUACAAGAUACUGAAGAUUUUUGGAGUUUCGUUAAAAAAUACGAAGCAAUUGAAACAAAACUAGGAAAUAAAAAUAGCAGCGAUCCACCAAAAAUAGAAUUAAAUUCGUUUGGUGUACCUGCACACUAUCAUAAAAAUCACUGCAUUAAUAUCAGAAUAAAUAUUAAAUUCGGAGAACUAUUUGUACGAGUGCCUCAAAUCAAAGAGCUGAAUAAUAAUCGAUUACUUAAGUUUAAAGAUAUUAUUUUACUGUAUCUGAAUUUUAAACAAAAAGAAAAAUUUAAUAAGUUAAAAAAGUUACGAGAGACUCAAAAAAACUUACCAGUAGCCAACUAUAGAGAUGAAAUAGUAACCGCUGUCAAGGAAGAAAAAGUUGUAAUAAUUGCUGGUGACACAGGAUGUGGUAAAUCAACUCAAGUACCACAAUAUUUAUAUUCAGCGGGUUUUAAUAACAUUGCAUGUACGGAACCUCGACGAAUUGCAUGUAUAUCACUCGCAAAACGUGUUGCCUUCGAAGCAUUGACUGAGAAUUCCAAUGAAGUCGGGUAUCAGAUACGUUUCGAAAAACAAAAAAACCAGCAUACUAAAAUUUUAUUUAUCACUGAAGGAUUAUUAUUGAGGCAGGUUUCCGAAGAAACUGGUCUUACGCAGUACGACGUAGUGGUUCUUGAUGAAGUUCAUGAGCGGCAUUUGCAUGGAGAUUUUUUGUUAGGAAUUAUGAAAUGUCUAAUACAUCAACGCCCGGACUUGAAAUUAGUUCUGAUGUCUGCGACUAUUAAUAUACAAUUAUUUAGUAAUUAUUUUGCUAAUGAAGAUGUUAAAGUUAUUCAAGUACCAGGCAGACUUUAUUCCAUUCAAUUAUUGUACCGGCCCAUUGGUAUUGAGGAUGUUAAAUCUAAACGUGAACGAUUCAAUCCUAGUCCUUACGUGCAAAUCAUGCAGAUGAUUGAUCAAAAAUAUCCAAGUACAGAAAAAGGUGAUUUAUUAAUUUUUCUCAGUGGUAUGAGUGAAAUAACAACGGUAGUCGAGGCUGCUAAAGAAUACAGUCAAAAGAAAAAUAAUUGGAUCAUUUUACCUCUGCACAGUAGUCUAUCGCUCGCCGAACAAGAUAAGGUAUUUGAUUAUCCUCCAGACGGUGUACGUAAAUGUAUAAUUUCUACAAACAUUGCUGAGACGUCGAUAACAAUUGAUGGUAUUAGAUUUGUCGCUGACAGUGGAAAGGUAAAAGAAAUGAGUUACGAUCCUACCUGUAAAAUGCAGCGGCUCAAAGAGUUUUGGAUAAGCAAAGCAAGCGCUGAGCAACGGAAAGGUCGUGCUGGUAGAACUGGCCCAGGAGUUUGUUAUAGAGUUUAUUCUGAAGAAGAGUACACGGCGUUAGAAAAGUACUCAGUACCUGAAAUUCAAAGAGUUCCGCUUGAUUCUUUAUUAUUACAGAUGAUAGCAAUGGGUUUGCCAGAUGCAAGGAAAUUUCCGUUCAUUGAACCACCACCGUCACAAAGUAUUGAAAAUUCAAUUUUGUCGUUAAAAGAACACGGCGCUCUUAUGGAGAAAGAAAAACUUACAUGUGUUGGUAAAACACUGUCCAAACUUCCUGUUGACAUUACCAUGGGAAAAAUGUUGAUAAUGGGGUCUAUUUUUGAUCAAGUCGAACCUGUAUUAUCACUUGCUGCAGCUUUGAGUACCCAAAAUCCGUUUACUAAUCGUGCUUACAAAGACACUGAAUGUGAAGCAUCAAGAAAGAAGAUCGAAUCUGAUCAUGGUGAUCCAAUUACGCUGCUCAACGCAUUUCGUGAAUGGUUGGAAAUAAAACAGGAAAGUAGUCAUGAGUCUAGAGGUGGUGGAAAUAAUAGUCGUAAGUGGUGCAAAAGACGAGGACUCGAGGAGCAAAGAUUUUAUGAAAUGAUUAAAUUACGCUCUCAGUUUAAAGAUUUGUUAAAUGACUGUAAUUUACUUAAAAAAUUUCCGGAAAUAAUUUCGUCGAUGUCGAGUACAGAAAGAACGAUGCGACAUAGAGAAAUAAAGAUUUUGAAGUCAUUAAAAAAGACUUAUAAAGAAACGGCGCCCAGAAAACGCAAACAACUUAAAGUUGAUCAAUUUAAUUUACAAUUGGAGGAUAAUAAUGAGGACGACGAUGGAAUUGAUAUUAAAGAUGUUGAAUUUCGUAUGAAAAAUGAUUACUCACAAGUACAAAAUUUACUCAACGCUAGUUCAGCUUGCAGUUAUAAAGAUUUGACAAUGUUGAAAAUAAUUUUAUGCAGUGGGUUGUAUCCGCAAUUCGCUGUUGGUGAUGAAUUCAAUUACUGUAAAUCUAUGAAUGAACAAUUAUUUCACACGAAAGCUAAACCAUUCGUAGCACUUCAUCCGAUGAGUUUUUUUGGAAAUCAUCCACAAUUAUUGCAAUUAGAAGAGCCAGAUAUUGUUAAUAUACCUGGUUUCAAAUCUAAGACACCGUUAAGUCCAAAACACCAAUUACUUACUUACGUAUCACUUUUAGAAACAACAAAACCUUACCUUGUGAAUACCUUGAGGAUGCCAGCCGCUCAAACUUUACUACUUUUCGCUCAAGAAAUUGAUACGAAUUCUAUAUUUUCCUUAAUUAUUUGUGAUUGUUGGCUACUAUUUGAAUUUCCAAUACCAGACAGUGGACAAAAUUUACUAAUAAGAGCCACGAAAAUCAGACAAAAGUGGGAUUAUCUCUUGACAAAACGAUUGGAAAAAUCGUCUAUAACUGUGAAGAAGAAUGACGAUGAAGAUACAGAAGAAGAUACGCGUCAAAUAGAAAUAGAAUUAUCACGUGAAAUAAUUGAAUUUAUGCACACGACUGUGCCUUACACGGUUAAAAGAUUAUUAGCUGCCGAUUUAAAGACGCUUUAUGUUGGUAGAGGUGAAAAUGAUAAAAUAGUUGAGCCUAAUCCAUUCCAAGAUGAUUUCCCCUGUGUUUUGAAUCCAUCUAAAGGCGGAGUUAAACUUACAAAUAAUAUUACCUAUAAUUGUCUGAUGGAAAAUGAAUGGAGUGAUAAAUUAGCUGUCGAGAUGCUAGACAUGCCUUGGAAGUGUCCUCAUUGUGAGAUUGAAAUUAUUUUUUCUAGCAUUGAAAAAUUACAACAUCAAAAAAUAUGUAAACAAUCAAACAAAAGUGAAAAAAUUACUGAUACAAGAACACCUGUGGUUAAAAAAUCCAACUGUAAAACUUACGAAUGUUCUGUGUGUGAAAAAACUUUUCAUCUUACACCCGUAGAAAUAUUAAAACAUAAAAAAAAACAUGUUACUGUACAAUAAAAUAAUGGGUGGAAUGGCUAAUUUGUAUAU